CUGCCGGCACGGCACGGCAUGGCACGGCAGAGCAUCUCGCGGCAUGCAAUGGCAUCCCGCGGCGUGCAAUGGCAUGCCGCUGCGUGCUGCGGCAUCCCGCGGCGUUCCGCAUCCUGCUGAAAGCCCAGCCACUCUGGCUUAGUUUUGCUCCGCGCGUAUUCGAAGUUGGUUGUGUCGCUAAAGAACAUUUUGUUGUGUCGUUAUGGUUGACUGGGAUUUAGUGUUAAUAGCACUUCUAGCUGAAGAUGAAGAGAGACAAAUAAGAACUGCUAAUUUGACGAACAGACAAUUCUGGGUGCAUAAUUUAUGGAAAACAAGAUCUACAAAUGGUGAAUUCAGCAACAUAUUUAAUGAUUUGAGAUACGACAUCCGAAAAUUCUAUGAUUAUUACAGAAUGGACUAUGAAAAAUUUGAAAAGUUAAGUGAUUUGCUAAAAUGGCAUAUAAAGAAAAUCAAAACUAAUUUUCGAUCGCCUAUACCUGUCACAGAGAGAUUGUCUGUAUGUUUAAGGUAUCUAAUAACAGGAGCUUCUUUUAAGUCUUUAGCUUUUAGCUAUCGUAUGGGAUUCACUACUGUGCGUAAAAUAGUCCACGAAACCUGUCAAGCAAUAUAUACUGUAUUAAGAUCUACUGCAUUGCCGAAACCCACGAGCCAACAAUGGCAGUCAAUUGCAACCGACUUUGAUAAAUUUUGGAAUUUUCCUAACUGCAUUGGGGCCAUAGAUGGUAAGCAUUUCAAGAUUAGAGCUCCUAAUAACAGUGGAAGUAUGUAUAUCAACUACAAGAAGUUCUUUAGCAUCGUUUUAUUAGCUGUCGUGGAUGCAAAAUACAAAUUUGUGAUUGUAGAUGUCGGAGCAUAUGGUCGAAACAGCGAUGGCGGAUUGGCUGACAACCUAUGGGCUGACUGA